GUCUCACCGGAACACAAGUCAUUCGUUUUUACCAGUCUCCUCUCUCGGUGGUUCCCCACACGUUGAAACCUCGCGUCGGAAAUUGAACUAGUCAAGUCAGGAUGCUCGGCCAUAUCACUAUCUCGUUCCUCGCAUUGCAAAUGCUAGUGGCCGCCACGCCGACAACGCAAGGCAGGAACGAUGGGGUCCAGAUCACCAACCUGGACAAGAAUGCCACCUCGACUAGCGGUACUGGCAGUGUCGCUGCCGCCGGCAAUCUUGCACCUUUUGGCACAAUAGGUGUAGGAUGCGGUAUUAACUGGGAGAGCGACGUAUCGUACGGAGGUGGUCUGCAAGCCGGCUCCGACGUUAGCGACUUCGGUCUCGGUGGUGGCUUUACUAUCAACCCGAACAACAUUACGAUUGGGCUUGGGGUUGGUCUGAACGCAGCGAAUGCCUCUGCCAGUGUCUCGUUCACGGGUGACAAGGAUGGAAAUGUCGAAUUUACAUUUGUAAGCUCGUCGUUCGUUGCGUGCACGCCAGGAAUGAAGGGCGGCAAGUCCACUGUGAGUUGCAAGACGGCAAAGCCGCUGGCUUGAGGGUUGCGUAAUCGUGGAGGGAUAGGAAGGAACAGCGAUCAGGCCAUUGGUGGUCCGUGCGACCCACCCCAAUCCAUCUGUCAGGCUACCCGCCUAUAUGAGAGCGCGUAUAUUUACACCUUCCAACACUACGCUGGCUUUACUCGUCAUUAAUUUUAAUCUUCCCAAUCCGCAAUUUUCAGCACAGCUUCUUCCGUACCGAAGACACGCAGGGUAUUCCCAAAUUCGCACCAAAAUUUUGAGUUGAAGGCGGGAAUGAGCUCCCCCGACUGUCGUUUGACCUGUUCCACAGGCACCCAGCCUGUCUUAUCCUGGACAUGUACAUCAUUUUCCCAUGAUCCGGUAGCUUCUGCCUGCUUGUCCCACGUGGCUGACUGAUUGUCCUGGAUAUGGCUGUCAUGGCGAGGCUCGUCUUCGUUGGAAGAUGAGCCAGUUUCGGGGUUCAGCGUCAUUUCUCGAAGACUGUCGAACAUGUUUCUUGUUUCGAACCGUCGUUGCUCUGUUUCCUUGUUCUUUUUGCCACCUUUUUUGUUCUGCGUGCGCUUGUUCGCUUUCGCAGGCUUUGGUUUUUCGACUGGUGGGAGCGGCACUGGCUUCUGCACUUUUUCGCGUCCAUCCUUCACCAUGUCCUCGAUGUAUUCUGCAGAGUCUUCAGCUGGCGUUUUGAUUUCGUCUGAAAUGGUCGGGUUGGGUUCGGGCGUUGAAGUUUUAGAUUUGCCCAGAGGAAUACCCGACAACGGCGCGGGUACCUCCUCUCCACGUUCAGCACCAAGUUUAGCCGCCAGCUUGAUCAUGAUUGUAGCGGUCAAGAGGCUAUCGUACCCGGCUUCGUGGAAAGCUUCAGUAUCCUGGUACUUGGGGUAGUCGGCGUGAGUGAUGAUGUGUGGCAGAGGCUGAGUGUUGAGACGCAUUGCGAUGUCUUGUAGCGUAGGCGAGGCGUUGAGGUCACCUUCAGCAUGCGUAGCUAGGUACUUUGUGUCUAUAAUCUUGGGAAAUAGUCCAUGGAUGGCG